AUGUCCGCAUCUCUGGCUCCCGAAUGCAAUGAGAUCAAGGAGCGAUAUGACAAUUGCUUUCUGAAAUGGUACACCGAGAAAUUCCUUCGAGGCACCGCGACCACCGAUGAGUGCGCGCCACUUUUCCAGGAAUACCGGAAGUGUCUCGGCGUGGCGCUCAAGGAGCGGGGACUGGAUAUCACGAUUGAGGAGGCGAGAGGGGACAACAAGGAGAACGACGACCAGCACAUGAGACGGAGUUGACAUCCCACUCCAUCGGUCCCGGCGCAGCACGGUAGAGGGUUAGUAGCAUUAUUGGGCGUUUCUGGCUACGGGUCCUGGAAUCUAGAUAGGAAAAAGCUUCUCCUCCAUACUUUGACAACUCGACAGUUCAUUCGAACGAUUGGAUUCCCAUCUGCUCAAACCACUCUGCUUAUAAUAUACAUGCACACUGCCGGUGUCCCGAAGACGCAUCGCUCUAACCUGACGAGACGCGUCCGAAAGCCAAUUGGCAUCAAAUCAAACCCUCCUAUUAGCCAUACC